AAACCUUAUUUCCGUCUACCAUUUUCAUAGUCAUAUUUUCUUGCCAAAAAAUCCAAAUCAAAAUUAGCUUCAUCUUCCCCGGAGCAAUUUCACUUACAGGUGAAUUGACAAUCAGAUUCAAGUUAUAGACAGAAUUUUGCGAUGGCUGCUUCGGAAGAGAACAGUGGACUCUUCCCGAUCUUUAUUUUGACAAUGAUUGCACUGCCGCUUAUACCUUAUACAAUAAUGAAGCUUUGUCGUGCUGCCUCUAAGAAAGCAAAAAGCAUUAACUGUCAAUGUUCUGUUUGUUUUCAUUCAGGAAAAUACCGCAAGUCAAUUUUCAAAAAGAUCUCAAACGUCUCAACAUGGAGUAACUUUACGUUGGUGUUGUUAUGGGUCAUUAUGGGCGUCCUUGUGUACUAUAUCAAGACUAUAAAUCGUGAAGUUCAAGUUUUUGAACCAUUCAGUAUUCUUGGAUUACAACCUGGAGCUUCGGACUCCGAAAUAAAGAAGGCAUAUCGGAGACUUUCUGUUCAAUACCAUCCUGAUAAAAAUCCAGAUCCAAAUGCCCACAAGUAUUUUAUUGAGUCCAUUGCUAAGGCAUAUCAGGCACUUACAGAUCCAAUUUCCCGUGAAAAUUUUGAGAAGUAUGGUCAUCCAGAUGGCCGACAGGGGUUUCAAAUGGGAAUAGCUCUUCCUCAGUUUCUACUCAAUAUUGAAGGUGCAUCUGGGGGGAUAUUAUUACUAUGGAUUGUUGGGGUUUGUAUUCUACUACCGUUGGUGGUUGCUGUUGUAUAUCUAUCUAGAUCAUCUAAGUAUACAGGAAAUUAUGUCAUGCAUCAAACAUUGUCCGCUUACUACUACUUCAUGAAGCCCUCCUUGGCCCCAAGCAAAGUUAUGGAUGUUCUCAUUAAGGCUGCUGAAUACAUGGAAAUUCCAGUCCGUAGGCCCGAUGGAGAACCCCUUCAGAAACUGUUUAUGUUAGUUAGAAGUGAGUUGAAUUUGGAUCUCAAGAAUAUUAAACAAGAACAAGCAAAGUUUUGGAAGCAGCAUCCAGCACUUGUAAAGACAGAGUUAUUGCUUCAAGCUCAUUUGACUCGUCAAACAGCAGCCUUAACCCCGGAGUUACAGAAUGACUUCAAACGUGUGGUGGAGCUUGCACCUCGUCUUCUUGACGAGUUAAUGAAGAUGGCAGUCAUACCACGCACAUCUCAAGGGCAUGGCUGGCUGAGGCCUGCGGUUGGUGUUGUUGAGCUCUCUCAAUGUAUCAUUCAGGCUGUCCCUCUUAGUGCAAGAAAAGCUAGUGGAGGAUCCUCAGAAGGAAAUGCACCUUUUCUGCAGCUUCCUCAUUUUGAUGAUGCUGUGAUGAAAAAGAUUGCCCGCAAGAAGGUGAAAACCCUUCAGGAGCUUCGUGACAUGACAGUGGAAGACCGUGCUGAAUUGCUUUCUCAAACUGCUGGUCUCUCUGCUGCUGAAAUCCAAGAUGUAGAAUCCGUACUUGAAAUGAUGCCUUCCAUAACCGUUGAAGUUACUUGUGGAACCGAAGGAGAAGAGGGUAUACAAGAAGGUGACAUUGUCACAGUGCAAGCCUGGGUGACCUUGCAACGUGCUAAUGGCUUGACCCGUGCUCUUCCCCAUGCCCCAUACUAUCCUUUUCACAAAGAAGAAAAUUGUUGGUUUCUUCUUGCAGACCUGAAUUCAAAUAAUGUCUGGUUUUCUCAAAAAGUAAGUUUCAUGGAUGAAGCUGCAGCUUUGACUGCUGCUUCAAAAGCUAUAGAGGAAACAAUGGAAGGCUUGGGUGCAAACCCAAAGGAUACUAGUAAAGCUGUGAGAGACGCGGUUGACAAAGUCAAAAGUGGGUCCCGGCUUGUGAUGGGGAAGUUCCAAGCCCCAGCUGAAGGUAAUUACAGUUUGACUUGUUACUUACUGUGUGAUUCUUGGCUUGGGUGUGACAAGAAGACGGGGGUAAAAGUUAAAGUAGUGAAACGGACUCGCGCCGGGACUCGUGGAGGUUUCAUGGAGGAAGGACCCGUGUUGGAAGAUGGGGCAGAAGAGGAAGAGGAGAAUGAAGAAGAGGAAUAUGAUGAAGAUUAUGAGAGUGAGUACAGUGAAGAUGAGGAAGAUAAUAAAGAUAGUAAAAAACAAAGCCGUGCUAAUGGCAAAGGACCGGCAUCAAAUUCAGGUUCCGGCUCAGAUGACGAAUGAGGAAUGUUGAUAGCUUUUUUUAGGUAGGACUACAAACUAAAUUUUCAUUACGGUGAUCUUGAUAAUUGCAUCAGAUUCAGUUUUGGUUUUUAAGUUUGUGAACUAGGGUUUCAAAACCCAAAAUAUCAGUUUGGUUACCUCCAGACUUUAGUGUUAUAACAGCAAAUGAAAGAUACCCAUAUUUGUAUUUUUAGACAA